AUGCCACCGAUAACCCGUCCGACCUUUGACGAGCUCAAGAAGCGCGAGGGGCCAUACCUCAACGCCUGGGGCAUCUACGGCAAGGACAACGAGUACGGUCAGACGAACCUCAUCACCCCCGAGGCGAUCAAGCGGGGCAUCGCUUCAGUUGAGAAUGGUAUCACCAUCAACCUCAACCUCCCGCUGCUGGACAAGUCGUUACAGUCGGCCUUCCGCGGCCCUGUCGUCCAGGAGGUUAUCGACUAUGGAACGUGGUAUGACGAUAAGGUUAGCUUCAAUACUCAAGCGUCGACGCAGUGGGACGGAUACCGCCACUGGGGGUACCAUGACUGGCCGGAGAAGGGCCAGCAGACGUACUAUGGCGGGCUGAAGGCGGCCGACGUGAUGAACCGCGACGUGCCCGACUUUGGUAUCCAGAAUCUUGCAAAAAAGCCGAUUACAUCCCGCGCGCACCUUCUCGACAUUCCACGCUACAUCGCAAAGCACAAACUGCCUCCCCUUCAAGCCCUGACUUCCAACACGCCCAUCACUCUCACCCUUCUCCAGGCCGUGGCCAAGGACCAAGGGGUCGAGUUUACUGAGGGCGACGUGCUGAUUGUGCGUACGGGAUACACCGAGGCCAUUAAGGCCCUGUCCCCCGACGAACUGAAGAAGCUCGACCUCACGAAGGGCAUCAUUGGGAUCGAAAGCACGGAAGAGGUGUUGAAGUGGCACUGGGAGCAGGGCUUUGCCGCUGUGGCGACGGAUGCUCUCGCGUACGAGGUCUUUCCUUUCGACGAGAGCCGCCCUUCGCUCCACCAGACGUUCCUCGCCGCGUGGGGCCUGCCGAUUGGCGAGCUGUUCGACCUGCGCGAGCUUGCCCGCAUCACAGAAGAAAAGAGCAAGUGGACUUUCUUGCUCACGUCAAUGGGCCUCAACAUUGACGGUGGUGUCGGCACGCCCGCAAAUGCCCAAGCUAUUCUUUAG